GUAGAUCGCUUUCCGUUCUAAUGACAAGCGACAGUCGCACAUGGCAGUGCUGGGUAAUGUAUCUCAUGGAAGCGGGAGAUGUGGAAGUGGCUGUUUUAACGACUGACAUUCAGGGGGUGACUGUGCACACUGUGUCCCAGAUCGGCCUCCAUCCCUGCCAGGCCUCUCUCACACCUCAUGUCCCAAUCGGCUUGCAGAGCUGCGGAUGCCGGCGGCCCCAUUGACGUGUCCAUCAUCCUGCCCAUGUACAAUGGUGCCCGCUGGCUGCCUGCCUGCCUGCAGGCCGUGCUGGACCAGGACUUCCAGGGAACCAUAGAGCUCUGCAUCUUUGAUGACGCCAGCAAGGACAACUCACUGGACGUCAUCUCCUGCUGGGCUGCACGACUGGAGCAACGAGGGAUCCCCACGCUUGUCUCGGGACACGAUUCGGCCGAGCCCAGAGGAGUGGGAUAUGCCAAGAACCAGGCUGUGGCCCAGAGCAGGGGCCGGUACCUGUGCUUCCAGGACGUGGAUGACGUCAUGAUGCCAGAGCGGGUGCGCCUGCAGUACGAAGCGGCCGUUCGAAAUCCCAGCAGCAUCAUUGGCUGCCAGAUUCGCCGGGAGCCAGAAGGAUCUACUGAGCGCUAUACACGCUGGAUAAACUCCCUGAGCCCAGAGCAGCUCCUCACCCAGGUGUAUACUUCCCAUGGGCCCACAGUCAUCAUGCCUACCUGGUUCUGUACCCGGGAAUGGUUCCUUCGGGUGGGCCCGUUCGACGAGGGGGGAAAGGGUGUUCCAGAGGACCUGCUCUUCUUCUACCAGAGUCUUCGUCAUGGCGGCGGUGUGUGUCGUGUGGACCGCUGCCUGCUGGUGUAUGGCUACCACGAGCAAGCUGCCAGCCAGUCUGUGUUAGAGGAGACUAUCUGGAAGCACCGUGUGACGUUCCUUCAGGAGCGAGUUCUAAGCCAGUGGGAUGCCUUCACCAUCUGGAAUGCUGGGAAACAAGGUCGACGGCUGUACCGCAGCCUGAGCCCAACCAAUCAGAAGAAGGUACGGGCCUUUUGUGAUGUUGACCACAAGAAGAUAAGAAAAGGCUUUUACACUUACGAGGAGUCUGAGGUGACACCGAAGCCCCACAUACCCAUCCUGCACUUCAGAGCCACCAACUCCCCGUAUAUCGUGUGUGUGAAGCUGGACAUGACAGGAGGACAGCUAGAGGCAAACUUGCUUUCUCUCCGUUUGAAAGAAGGAGUGGAUUAUUACCACUUCAGCUGAAAGGAGAAGUGAACUGCCCCCGCUUCAGCUGAAAGAAGGAGUAAACUGCCACUGCUUCAGGUGAAAAGAGGAGUGAACUACCACAACUUCAGCUGAAAGGAGGACUAAACUGCCACUGCUUCAGCUGAAAGGAGGACUAAACUGCCACUGCUUCAGCUGAAAGGAGGACUAAACUGCCACUGCUUCAGCUGAAAGGAGGACUAAACUGCCACUGCUUCAGCUGAAAGGAGGACUAAACUGCCACUGCUUCAGCUGAAAGGAGGAGUGAACUACCACAACUUCAGCUGAAAGGAGGACUAAACUGCCACUGCUUCAGCUGAAAGGAGGAGUUAACUGCUUCAGCUACUAAACACUCUCACACCAAGGGAAUCAGUGACGCACCUUUACUACCAAACACUCUCACACCAAGGGAAUCAGUCACGCACCUUUACUACCAAACACUCUCACACCAAGGGAAUCAGUCACGCACCUUUGCUACCAAACACUCUCACACCAAGGGAAUCAGUGACGCACCUUUACUACCAAACACUCUCACACCAAGGGAAUCAGUCACGCACCUUUGCUACCAAACACUCUCACACCAAGGGAAUCAGUCACACACCUUUACUACCAAACACUCUCACACCAAGGGAAUCAGUGACGCACCUUUACUACCAAACACUCUCACACCAAGGGAAUCAGUGACGCACCUUUACUACCAAACACUCUCACACCAAGGGAAUCAGUGACGCACCUUUACUACCAAACACUCUCACACCAAGGGAAUCAGUGACGCACCUUUACUACCAAACACUCUCACACCAAGGGAAUCAGUGACGCACCUUUACUACCAAACACUCUCACACCAAGGGAAUCAGUGACGCACCUUUACUACCAAACACUCUCACACCAAGGGAAUCAGUGACGCACCUUUACUACCAAACACUCUCACACCAAGGGAAUCAGUGACGCACCUUUACUACCAAACACUCUCACACCAAAGGAAUCAGUCACAAUAAAAUAGAGUAAAGGGUCUGCAUUUAAGACAGAAAUAUUUAAUAAAAUUUUGCAAAAAUAAACCUAAAGUACAAUACCUUUUCACAUUUUUUGAGGAAAUAUAAAAUGUACGUAACAGAAAAUAGAGAUGCAGAGCUACUUAUCAACUGAUUCUUAUGAACUACGGAUCAAGAACCAUAAACAAAUCUGCUUUAAUAUUCUUCCUCUGAAACUGUCCCAACAUAUAUAAUCUGCAAUAUAUUCAUAUAUACAAACAAAAACUGUCCCCUCCUGUGAUUCCUGGAUUGGCUUCAAGAAUAUCAUGCAGUUAUUCAUUAUAUCGAGUUGCUCUAUUUAAACCUGAAUGUGUCUUCAAGGCUACACUCUGUGGAAAAUUGGGGCAGUGGUCAUGUAAGACCUUUUCAUAGACUAUUCAUGUAAAAGAACAAUGUUUACAGAAAAGUACAAUAAAUAAAGUUGAUAUAUAGUACAGCC